AGAAGAUUUCGGCGCAAAGAGGCGAGAACGCAAGCAGUCGGGAACGGGAUGAAGGUCGUAGGGCUCUUGUCGGGGGGCAAGGAUAGCUGCUACAACCUCUGCCAAUGCGUGAGACAGGGGCACGAGAUUGUUGCUUUGGCAACAUUGGCACCGCCUGAGGGAAAAGAUGAGCUCGACUCGUACAUGUACCAGACGGUCGGGCACGAUGCGAUUCAUCUCAUUGCGCAGGCGAUGGACCUGCCGCUGUAUCGAACGACAAUCUCAGGGACAGCACUGAACCAGACAUCGUCGUACGGCUCGCGCCUUGGGCUGGGACAACAGGCGGGCCCUUCGUCUGCCUCAAGACGAGACGAGACAGAAGACCUGUACGAGCUGCUCCGGCUCGUCAAGGCGAAGCAUCCAGAAGUCGAUGCUGUCAGUGUCGGCGCCAUCCUGUCCAACUACCAGCGCGUGCGCGUCGAGCACGUCGCAAUGCGGCCAGACAUUGCGAUGCAGCCCCUCGCCUUUCUCUGGCUGCGCAAUCAGGCGGAGCUGCUCGGGGAGAUGUGCAGCGCAGAUGUCGAAGCAAUACUCAUCAAAGUGGCAGGGAUCGGUCUCGAGAGCGAAGAUCUGGGGAGAAGCCUAAAGCAGAUGAGGCGCAAACUGAUGAAGCUUAACGCAAUGUAUGGCGCCCACGUUUGUGGCGAAGGCGGCGAGUAUGAAACGUUCACGCUCGACUGCCCUCUCUUCAAGAAGCGGAUUGUCAUCGACCAAUCGACAUCGGUCCUGCACUCUGAUUCGUCCUUUGCCAGCGUUUCGUAUCUCCGCAUCGACAGAGCUCACCUCGAGGAAAAGAAUCACCCCCCGGCACUGUCAAAGGCUAUCACGGUGCCUCCUCUCCUUGAUUCGGUGGGUAUCAAAUCUCUUGACGCGGCCAAAAAAGCUUCGCCGGGCUCUCCACAGCAAUUCGCUCUUGAGCGUCGUACUGCUCCCCGGCUCAGCACUGCCUCUCAGGCAACGACUUGCCGAAAAGGCUGCUGGCUCGCCAUCGCUGGACUCUCGUCUCCUGCUCCGACACCAGCUGAAGAAUUCCGAAAUGCAUUCGACAAGCUUCUCUCUGUUCUACAGGCCGAGGGCCUCUCCUCAGCUCACCUGGCCCAUAUCAACGUCUACCUCUCGAACCAGUCCUACUUUGCGCAAAUGAACAAGGUCUACUCCACCCUGUUUGGCGCAGAUCCGCCUUCGCGAGCUUGUAUUGCGUUAGGUCAUGAGGAGCCUAGGAUCGUCCUGGAGGCGCUGGCCAUGGAUGAUGGGAUCCGGUAUGACGAACUCGCUUCGUCUUCGAAUACUCAAGCGGCUGUCAGACCGAGGCGGGCCCUCCAUGUCCAGUCAAGGAGCUACUGGGCCGCUGCUAACAUCGGACCAUACUCCCAGGCCGUCAAUGCCUUCUCGAGGAUAACGAUUGCAGGCCAGAUUGGCCUCGUGCCCGCGGCCCUGUCCCUGCCGCCGCCGUCGGAGGAAGACGCAGAGAUGGCGCAAAUCGCACUGUCGCUUCAGCAUGCGCGACGCAUCUUCAAGGCCGUCCUCGAGGAUCACCGUGUGGAGAAGAGGUACGGGUGGAUCGAGGGGUGUAUCUGCUGGGUGGAAGAGGGCAGCGAGGAGAGAGAGACAGCAAAGAGGUUGAACGCCUGUCGGAGCGCCUGGGACGGACAGGGGGCAAUCAGCGAGGAGGAUGACGAGCAAGGUUCAGAGACGUGGGAUGAGGGCUGGCUGCAAGGAAGCGAGCAGAAGAGCAUCCCUGUCGUUUAUGCUGUGCUGCCGAGAUCGGCGUUGCCGCGCGGGGCCAUCGUCGAGUGGCAGCUCGUCGCACACGACGGCAGGCGCGUCGCUCCUUUAAUUCACGCCGACGAAGAUGACGACGACGACGACGACGAGGGAGAGGCGGGCGUGCCUGUUCGAUCGACAUUCCAGGUAGAUCUACCUGCUGCCGACGGCGCGAAGUGGAGAGGGGAGGGUAUGAGAACAUCGUCGAAGAAGGGUGCGUCGUCGUUUGGUAUCGCAGCACUGUCGCGCGACCCGCGCAGCGACGAUCUCGAACCGCUAUCGUCCAUCAUUGAUGAGCUUAAGGAGGCGCUUUGGAUCCGUGUCUUGUUUAAUGGAGACCUGGACGAGGCUCUACAAUUGACGGACGUAUUGCGGGGAUCCACGGACGCCUCCAUUCAGCUAGUCCCCACCUCGGACCUCUUCGACAGCCGAGGAGCACGCUGCGAAGUUGCACUCGUCUGGCAAGCCUACCACUGUUGAGUCCUCACGCAAUCGUCAGUGCAAAUAGUGUGUGGAUGGAGUGCAUGAAACCGAUGCAUGGGAUUGUAUGCGUCAAAACCGUGGUAAUGUACUGUAGUAGUAAUGAUAGAGGCUAG